AUGCCUAACGAACAGGAGUAUGACUUGGUCUUGCUAGGUGCGACUGGCUACACGGGCAAGCUUACUGCACAGUAUAUAUUCACAUCGUUGCCGCUUGAUCUAAAAUGGGCAAUUGCUGGAAGAAACAAGCAAAAGCUCCGAGCGCUUGUACAGACUUUAGCGUCGAAAAACUCAUCUAGACAACCACCUGAUACCGUCAUCGUGAACCUGAACAAGAAUGAGCUCGAUUGCUUGGCAAAGAAGACGCGAUUAGUUAUAUCAACUGUCGGUCCAUUUCAACUUUAUGGCUCUGAUACAUUUGCUGCCUGUGCUAGAAACGGCACACAUUACCUGGACUGCAAUGGAGAAGCUGCCUGGUUGAAGGAUAUGAUUCACCAGCACGAUACAGUUGCGAGGGAAAAUGGCAGCAUUAUGAUCCCUUGUUGUGGCUUUGACUGUGUACCAUCCGAUCUCUUGACUUGGGUUGCUGCAAAUUACGUCUCUCGCCAUUUCGCCAAGCAGAUUGGACGUGUUGAUGUUUGUAUCUACAGUAUCCAGGGCGGAAUAAGUGGCGGAACGUUAGCGUCCGUUCUGCAAGCAUUUGAGCUACACAGUCUUCGACAUCUCUAUAAUGCCCACGCCCCUUUUUCUCUAUCGCCAAAGCGUCCCACUCCAACAGUAUCACCAAAAAAGACCAGUCUUUGGACUAAGAUUUUUGGACUGCUGUGGAUCAAAGGGUUAGGCUGGAUGGCCUAUCAGCCACAGGGCCCAGUUGAUCGCGCGAUUGUUCAUCGGUCCUGGGGACUCUUAGAAUCUACGUCUGCUUCAUAUGGGCACAAUUUCGAUUUUCACGCUUGGCUCAAGAUCUGGGGACCUCUGGCUGCGAUAUUAUGGCACUUUGGAGGACUGAUGAUCGCACCGCUGAUUCUACUACGAGCUGUUCGGAAAAUCCUUCCCAGACUUUGGUAUCAGCCUGGGGAAGGUGCAAGCGAAGGCAAAAUGGAGAAGAAUUGGUUUGAGCAUCGAGGUGUCGCGGAGGCCGACACUCCGAUACAACCGAAACCCAAGGCAUUCGUUCGUAUGCGCUACGAGAGCGAUCCUUACAUGUUUACAGCUGUUGCUCUUGGAGAAGCAGCCCGAAUUGUUCUUUGGCAGCGAGAUACCUGGGCGCAUAAGCUUGGAGGCGGAGUGCUGACGCCCGCAACCUUAGGCCAUCGCUUUUUUCUUUCCUCAUCCUUGCCAGCCGUCGUGAACUCACGUACAAAGCAGGUAGUUACCCCGGCAGAAUAUCGCGCUGCGCGUCUAAGUCUCCUCGCCAAAGAAAAAGAGGCUACGCGUGUCAAGGAUGCGCUUGCCGCAGAACGUCGUUCGCUUCCUAUCGUCGAAGUGACAAAGGGCUACAACUUCACUGUCCUCUGCCCAAAAGAUGGACAGACGAAGGAAGUUACCCUCUUGGACCUCUUCGCUGGCCGCCGCCAGCUGAUCGUCUACCACUUCAUGUUUGAUCCUUCCUGGGAAGCAGGCUGCACUGGUUGUACGCUUCUGUGUGACGCGUUCCCUACGCUAGAACACCUCCACUCCCGCUCAACCACUGCCGUCGCUGUAUCCCGUGCUCCAGUUGAAAAGCUUGAAGCGUACAAGAAACGCAUGGGCUGGACUUUCCCCUGGAUCUCGUCCCUUGGUAGCGACUUUAACUAUGACAUGCAUGUGACCCAAGAUGAGGCAGUUUGCGAGGUUGACUACAACUUCAAGAAUAAGGACGAGCUACUCAAGCUCCCCAUAGAGGACAUCACUAAAGGGGAGCAGCCGGGAACUAGUGUUUUCUACAGAGGCGAUGGAAAAAUUGGCGAAGAGGGAAAGAUCUACCACACGUAUUCGACAUACGCGCGCGGUAGUGAGAAUCUGAUCAAUACCUUUGACUGGUUGGACUUAACACCUCUUGGGAGGCAGGAUGGAGAAACAGGAGUUGGUGGUAUCGGAUUUCGGCGCAAGGAUGAAUACUCUGAGGAGGAACUGAGAGGACUGCACUGA